UUUAGUUUAGAGAUACAGCGCGGAAACAGGCCCUUCGGCCCAUCGAGUCCGCACCGACCGCUAACACUAUCCUACACACACCAAGGGACAAUUUACAUUUGUACCAGGCCAAUUCAUCUACAAACCUGCACGUCUUUGGAGUGGGGGAGGAAACCGAAGGUGUCGGAGAAAACCCACGCGGGUCACGGGGAGAACGUGCAAACUCCGUACAGACAGCGCCCGUGGUCGGGAUCGAACCCGUGGUCUCCGGCGCUGUAAGCGCUGUGAGGCAGCAACUCUACCGCUGCGCCACCGUGGCUUAUAGCUUUAUAUGAAUGGUUAGCAGGCAAAACAAAUCUCUUCACCGUUCUUGAUGAGUUAACCAUAUAAUAUAAUAUAACCAUAUAACAAUUACAGCACGGAAACAGGCCAUCUCGACCCUUCUAGUCCGUGCCGAACACAUAAUCUCCCCUAGUCCCAUAUACCUGCGCUCAGACCAUAAUCCUCCAUUCCCUUCCCAUCCAUAUAACUAUCCAAUUUAUUUUUAAAUGAUAAAAACCAACCUGCCUCCACCACCUUCACUGGAAGCUCAUUCCACACAGCCACCACCCUCUGAGUAAAGAAGUUCCCCCUCAUGUUACCCCUAAACUUCAGUCCCUUAAUUCUCAUGUCAUGUCCCCUUGUUUGAAUCUUCCCUACUCUCAGUGGGAAAAGCUUUUCCAUGUCAACUCUGUCUAUCCCUCUCAUCAUUUUAAAAACCUCUAUCAAGUCCCCCCUUAACCUUCUGCGCUCCAAAGAAUAAAGCCCUAACUUGUUCAAUCUUUCUCUGUAACUUAGUUGCUGAAACCCAGGCAACAUUCUAGUAAAUCUCCUCUGUACUCUCUCUAUUUUGUUGACAUCCUUCCUAUAAUUAGGCGACCAAAAUUGUACACCAUACUCCAGAAUUGGCCUCACCAAUGCCUUGUACAAUUUUAACAUUACAUCCCAACUUCUAUACUCAAUGCAAGUUGAGGAAGAAAAAAAAAUUACCCGGCCAGAAUCUUAGCCAUGUGCCUUCAUCUCUCUAUCUCUUCAGUACUAGACGGAACCGCAGUAAGACACUAUCGUAUCGUCCAAAACGAUGCUGGGCAGUAUCACCUCAAUGUCGUCACACAGUUUUCUAGCCUGAAGGAACUGGUGGAAUACUACAAGAUGAAUUGUCUACGACCUGGUCUCCAAUUAUCUAUACCUUGUCAACAACAACAUCGACCAAAUAUAAGAGAUUUGUUCCACUUGACGGUGGACAACUGGGAACGUCCCAGAUCAGAGUUCACCUUAACAGAAAAGUUGGGAUCUGGACAUUUUGGAAAAGUUUACGCCGGAUAUUGGAACGAUACGGUUCAAGUGGCCAUCAAGAUGGUCGAAGUCGAUUUAAUGACGGAGAGAGACUUCCAGAUGGAGACGCAGAUCAUGAAGAGGCUGCAGCACCCGCACCUCAUGUCUCUCUACGCAACGUGCACGACCUCUGAUCCGUUCUACAUUGUGACCGAGCUGAUGGAAUAUGGCAGCCUGCUGAAUUAUCUACGAAGCAACGAAGGAUCGUAUUUGAACCUGGAGUGUUUGCUGGACAUGACGGUCCAGGUGGCCAAAGGGAUGGAGUAUCUGGAAUCGCAAAACUACAUCCAUCGGGACUUGGCCGCGAGGAAUAUCCUGGUUGGGGAGAAUCACAGUUGUAAGAUUGCAGAUUUUGGAUUAGCCAGAAUUAUCCGGGAUGGGACAUACGUUUCACUGUCGACUGCAAUCCCCUACAAAUGGACGGCCCCAGAAGCUAUAGAGUUUGGUUAUUUCUCCGUGAAGUCCGACGUCUGGUCGUUUGGCAUCCUCCUUUAUGAAGUCAUCACUUAUGGAAAAACUCCUUAUCCAGGAAUGGCCAACCAGGAGGUGGUGAGGGUGGUUUCUCGUGGCUACCGGAUGCCGUGCCCGGACGGAUGUCCAAACACACUGCACCAAGUGAUGCUGAGUUGCUGGGAGUGUGCAGCAGCCCAGCGCCCGUCAUUUGCGACGUUAGUGAAGACGCUGUCAGCCUUCAACAUCAUGCAUUUAUAUUAAACCAGAACAAUUAAAAAGAAAACUGUUGAUGCUGGAAAUCCUAAAUAAAACAGAAAAUGUCAUAAAAUGUCAAUUUUUUAAUUUAAAAAAAAAUUAGAAGUACAGUAAAUUACAGUAAUACACAUCAGAUAUAUCUUAUUACAUUUUGUUGUACCAAUUCGUUUUUCGAGCUUUAAAAAAAGUAGAAAUAAAAGAAGUAAGGGAAGUGAGCAAGAAUCGUGAAGGUGCAGGAAAGUGUUGGGAGAAGAGAACCCCUUAGGGAAGGAGUUAGAGAAGGAAGUAAAGAAAGGAAAUAAGACCCUAGAAAGAAAAGAAAAAAAAAGGAAAAACAAUCGCUCUAUUGUAACACAAAACUCCGCAAAAAGGAUAUACCAACCGUGUUUUAAAAAAAUAUAUAUUUUAUACCCCCCGUUAC